CGGCCAUGAGCGCCGCCGCGCUGGUUUCCCCCGCGCUGCCCCCGGGGCCGCCGCUGCCGCCCCCGGCCUCCACGCUGCCCCCCGGGGCCGGCCCCGCCGCCGCCGCCGCCGCCGCCGCCGCCGCCGAGAGCUAUGAGGAGGAGGAGCUGGACAGCCCCGCCGAGGAGGAGGACGGCGAGCGCAGCGGGCGCGCGCGGGACUCCGACGAGGACACGGAAGAUGCCAGUGAAACUGAUCUGGCGAAACACGAUGAGGAAGAUUAUGUAGAAAUGAAGGAACAGAUGUAUCAGGAUAAAUUGGCAUCCCUAAAGAGGCAGUUGCAGCAACUGCAGGAAGGUACCCUACAAGAAUAUCAGAAAAGAAUGAAGAAGCUGGAUCAGCAGUACAAGGAGAGGAUUCGCAAUGCAGAGCUUUUUCUUCAGUUGGAAACAGAGCAGGUUGAACGAAACUACAUCAAAGAGAAAAAAGCGGCUGUGAAGGAGUUUGAGGAUAAAAAAAUUGAGCUGAAGGAAAACUUGAUUGCUGAAUUGGAAGAAAAGAAGAAGAUGAUUGAGAGUGAGAAGCUAACCAUGGAAUUAACAGGAGAUUCCAUGGAAGUAAAGCCUAUCAUGACAAGGAAAUUGCGGAGGAGGCCGAAUGAUCCCGUUCCCAUCCCUGACAAAAGGAGAAAACCAGCUCCAGCUCAGCUCAAUUAUCUCCUAACGGAUGAGCAGAUAAUGGAAGAUUUGAGAACCCUCAAUAAGCUUAAGUCACCUAAAAGACCAGCAUCUCCUUCAUCGCCCGAGCAUCUGCCGGCGACCCCCGCAGAAUCCCCAGCCCAACGAUUUGAGGCCCGGAUAGAAGAUGGCAAGCUUUACUACGAUAAACGAUGGUAUCACAAGAGCCAGGCUAUUUAUCUGGAAUCGAAAGAGAAUACUAAAAUCAGCUGUGUGAUCAGCUCGGUGGGGGCCAACGAGAUCUGGGUGAGAAAAACCAGCGACAGCACGAAAAUGAGGAUCUAUCUUGGUCAGCUCCAGCGGGGAGCUUUCGUGAUUCGCCGGCGGUCGGCAGCUUGACUCUCUCCUUCCCAGCAGACGUCCGUGUUACAGACAGUCCGCUGCCUGCGAGAGGCGUACUUGAACUCGCUAGGUCUGACCAGCAAAACAAUAAUCCUUCCCUUUGCCUCUCGGGGAGCGCCUCUCCGCCAGCUGCAUCCUCCCUGGUUUGUCUUGUGAGCGUCCUGCAACCCGGACUGGAGGUUUUGCUUUCGCUGUCUCGUCUCCAAAGACUCCUCCAGAAGAAUGCCCGCGUUCUCCUUUCUCUUACGUCGUUCCUUCUUGCCCACGAGGCAUUGUAAAUGUUUUCAGUCAAGGAAGGCCGGCGCGGCAGCCCGGAGGAAGCCGAGCCAACGGUCCGGCAAAGGGGAGCGACGCCAAACGGAGGGGAUGGUGACAGCGAGGACUGUUGAAACGACCAGAAAAGGACAGCCUUCAUCUGAGUCGCCGUGCCGGGAAGCGGCUGGGAGCUUUCAGAAGCCCCCUGGCAUCCUGGAUUUCGAGUUAUUUAUAUGAAAAGGAGUUGCAGGAAUUUUUCUUGAUUAAGCCAAAGCUACAUUAAGAGCUUGGAGUGGUGUUUCUGUUCUUGUUUUUGCAGGCAAUGGUGGACAAGCACAGAGGGUCUCUCUUCUUUCUGCCCCCCCCCAAUUCCUGAAUGUUGUUUCCUCCUCAAAGCAGCAGUGGGGUCACCAGGAAGGAGGGUUCUGCUGAGGGACAAAGUUGAUUGUGUCCCCAAAAGUGCCCCCUUCGCUGGGGUAGUUCCCCCUUCCUCAGACUGGCCUUCUCCAGAAAAACUUUGGGCACAUCCUCCCAGAGGCCUUGACUUUGUGCAUGCAAACCUCCUCUGCCUCCCCCCCCCCCCAAAUGUAAAUACUAAGAGAAGGACCUGGAAGCAGACCGGAAGCACCAGCAGAGCUUCCCAGCAUUGUAAUGUUUUUAUGACCCAGUGGUGGCAGAGCCGUUUCCCCCAAAAUAUUUUUUAUCUCUCCA